AUGGAUCCAGUAUUGUCCGUUGCAUCAACGUCCGUUGGGGUGAUCUCACCAUCAACUGCACAUACGUUGUCAUUCAUAUUCACCACUUCUUAUGUUGGUUCAUUAUAUCUUUCCCAAAUCCUAUUCUCUUCUUCCCCGACCAAAUCAAGGUCGGCAUCACCCAAAGUCCAAGAUGGGAAUCCACCUGUUAUACCACCGAUUGAUGAUAUACAAGUCAAUGGCGAGACGGGUAUAGAGAGAGGUCCAAAACGUGGAUCAAGGGAUCAUCCAGAAACUAUUAAACGUAGAAUGACAGCUGUUACUAUAUCAACAUCACUUUCACUUGCUGGUGUAUACCUUACCAUCAACAAUAUCUCCCAGAAACCGCUGCUGAGCUUAGGGACAGGAUCAGGACUGGGACAGAGUAUGACUGUGUUAGGUUUGAGACUACCUACGUUUAAAGCUGGAUUAUGGGGUUUAGUUGGACCUUGGGUAUUAGCUCCAAUACUCGUGACGGGACCGUUACUGGCCAUGUUUCUGGAUGGCGAAUUACCUAUAAUAGGGAACAGAUAUCAUGGCGAAUCAGUCACUCAGAGGAUAGGCAGGGGUUGGAGAGAACUGGGCUUGAUCGAAUUGAGGAAUUAUGGUGUCGGUCCCAUAACAGAGGAAUUAGUAUUCAGAUCUACAAUCUUGUCAGUCUCGAUAUUAGGUGGAUUAUCAUUCAAAUCUUUGGUUUUCGGAACACCACUGUGGUUCGGCAUAGCUCACGCACACCACGCUUUGGAGACGUUCCGUAAACAAGGAUCUACCAAACAAGCUGCUAUUCAAGCUGUUUUAGGGUGCUUAUUCCAGCUAAGCUAUACAACCUUAUUUGGAUGGUUCGCUUCUUAUCUCUUCCUCAGAGCCGGUUCGGUCAUACCGCCUCUCACUUCCCACAUAUUCUGUAACGUAAUGGGUAUUUAUCUACCCUCUACAGCGAUACACAGACAUCAAGAGAAGAAAGCCCUGAUUUGGGGAAGUUAUAUAGCUGGAAUAAUAGGUUUCAUAUGGGGAGUCAGGAAAAUUUAA